UUCUAUAUUAUCCAUGGUUAGUUCAAGUAGAACGAUAACAGCCUUUUUGCUGUGCUGUUUCCUAGCCGUAGUUGUCGCCUUGGAGGACAAGCGAAAGCUGGUUGCUUUGGCUGCCAUCCCAUUUCCAGGUCAUGCUAAACCUUUACACCGCAUUGGUCAAGAAUUAGCGCUUCGAGGAUAUGAUGUGAAGAUGUUCAUGAUGAAGCGAGCUGGAUACACCAAGGCUUUUGAGAAGGACCCCUUGGUGGAAUUCAUACCUUUGGGUGACUACGAGAAGGAUGUCUGUGAUGAGGAAACUUAUGCAAUCUUCGCUCAAGACUUGGCUUUUAAUGAAGGCCCAGGCAAUCUUACACUAGGGAUGAUGUGCAUGUUUGGAAAAUCGUCCACCGCUCUCAAGGAUGGUCUUACCGAUUACAUUACCAAUGUUCAGCGCCCUGAUAUUCUUAUCAGCGAUUAUGCUAGUUUUGCAGCCACAGAUAUUGGCAAUCAUUUGGGUAUCCCUACGGUAGUCAACCUUCCUGGGUUCCAGCUGAGAUAUGACUUCUUCUCCGUGCCUAUUGGUACUGGAAUGUCUCGCAAACAGACUGCAUCUCUGCCUUAUCGAUUUAAGCUUCACUUGUUUGAAGCGGUCCAACGUCUUGCUAUCGGAGCGCCGCUCGGGCUUACAACUUUCGCUCACUGGAACAGACUGGAGAUGUAUGAAAAGGCUGUUGUGAAGCAGAUGGGAGACCCAUGGAACAAGAAUCCUUUCAUUGUCAAUAAUAUGGUCGGACUCGACUACGCGCAAUUCACAGGCUCCCAUCACUAUCUGAGCGGUCCUAUUUUGAGUAAACCCGAGGCAGUCUCCAACGUUAAUAUUGAUCGCGAAAAUUGUGAAGACAUUCGUCCAUGGCUCAAUGCUACCGAACGUCCUAUUAUUUAUAUAAGUUUUGGCACAACUGGAUCAUUUACUAAGGAAUCAAUGACGGCUCUUCUGGAGGGCUUUAAGAAUCUGCACGAAGAUCCUCGCUAUAGUAAUUAUGAUAUGCUUUGGAGAAUUCCUUAUUCUCAGCGACCGCUUAUUGUUCCCAACAACUCCAACUCUAACGGAUCCGCACAAGAUUUGAGCCUUAGCUUCUUCCCCAAGUACAUCCAUUCCGUUGACUGGCUUUGCUCACAAGAAGAGGUCCUAUCACACCCAAAUGUUAAACUUUUCAUUACUCACGGCGGUGCCAACUCACCUUGGGAAUCCAUUCGAGAGCUUGUGCCUAUGGUUGUGGUUCCUUCCUUUUUUGAUCAAAAUGAUAUGGCUAUACGUAUUCACGAUCGUGAGUUGGGAGUUCGGAUUCGUCACCCUUUGACAUGCACUAAAGAGGAGGUCCUUGAAGCUCUUCAUGAGAUUCUUGAUCCUACCAAGUACGAGCGUGUGUUGAAAAACUUGAGAAUGGUUCGUGCGUUACUUCGAAACCUGGUCGGUGAUGACUUCUCUGAUGGCGCAAAGAACGCAGCAAACUAUGUUGAGUCAUUAUUGUCGUUGAAUGGAGACUUCUCUCAUCUCCUUCCUAUCCAAACUGAACUUGCUUGGUGGCAGGUGCAGCAAUGGGAUCUCAUUGGUAUCUAUGUCGCGAUUGCGUCAUUGACCACCGCCAGCAUUGGAUAUCUUAUUGGUGCAAGAAGCAAAAGAUCCAAAGUCAUCGCCGAUGGCAAGAAGGACCAGUGACAGGAAAAUUGUAGCUAGACAGGCUAUUGUGAGCUCGCUCAUACCAUAGAUUCGCCACAUAAAACCUUUUUGUAUUGUCCUACGUUGCUGGUUGGUUCUCAUCUUUAUAAAAAAGUUGAUUCUCCGUAAAUGCAUUGAUCCUUAGCGCUAUCUGCGGAGAGCUGAGUAAUGAUCUAAGUUGAUCGGAACCAGGUAUGCGGGAGGGGCUGUACAUGAAUACAAAGGGGCCAUACAAUGCAAAGAAAAAAGCGUCUUAUGACAAGCAAUGCAGUAGGUAUAUGAAUAUUCAGCGACUUGCUCUCAUUCUAACCAUGCUGAUGCACUAAUAGCACUGCACUAGGUGGUGAAGAUGAUGUGGA